UCGAUGUUUCCUCGUCCGUCGGUAAAGGUGUUACGGGAACUGCGCUCGUUCGCAAACGAACGUUGUUUCGGCACUAGAAUAAUUCCUGUGCACUUUGCACGUAAAGAAGUGCGAUUGAAUCAGUGCGGUACCUGCUUCGAAACGGAGCGGUGUUACCACUUUGGAUUCUAUUAUCGAAUCAGACUCGUAAAACAUUGUUUGACACUAGUCGAAGUGAAAAGGACAGUCAUAAAUGACGUUAAAGUUUGACAGAAACAUCGAAGUGGAGUACAAUUCCUUUCUCUGUAUAGAACACCCUGUGAACAAGCUUCUAUCCGUUUUUCAACGGUUGAAUGGACCAUAUGAAAGUCUGCGGUUAAUCGGAUCAUUGCUGUGGAAAUUGAGAAACUAUUGACUAUUGUGAACAGCCUCAACCCUUAAUAUAUUCACCGCAAACCGAUCGGUUUUCUGAUAACGUUAUCGCUACUGAUAAUCUAAACGAAUUACCAUUACCGGUUCUUACGUUUUUUAAUAAAGUUAAGAUGAUAUUUCAUCCGUGAUAGUCUUCGAAGGUGGGGAUAAAUCCUUAAUUAUCGAAUGCAUCCGACAGGAGGAUACAUAAUAAUCUCGUUAUUAAAAAAGAUUGUUUUGUCAUCGUUGAGGAGAAGCUACGCCGAUUUCACAGAAAAUUCGGGCCGCCGGAAGUGACCGUGAAAACGUGCCGGAUUGUUCGCGGAAAAAGGCGAACGGGGAUCCGAGGGGUUUGAUUUUUCGCCGAUGGGAAAGAGGAAAGUCAAAGAACGGAAAAAUGAUCACCGUGCCGAUAUCCGCUUCAAGUCCUUACACGAAGGUUACGUCCUACAGCGAUACAAGCGCUAUUGGCAAAAAGCCUGCAGUUCAGCAAUUCCUCAGAGACAUGAAGGAGCACUCAGCCUCGUCCCGAUUCGAAGGCAGGGAUGCGCCUCAAAGAUCUCAAAGCAGCGCGGCAAGCCUGAUGUCUCUAGGUGCUGACAUAUCGCCCAGUUCUUCCCACUUCUUCGAGGUGCUUUACGUAGGAAAAAUCAAGGUAUCGCAUCCAAAGGUAUCGGAGGCCUUUAUCGACGAUGCGCUCGUAAGGUUUCGCGUUCACGGUCUUGAGAAAUCGAGAUUAUCGACGACCAAUUUCCUCACCGAGUAUCAGCGUCAAUCAAUUUUAACGUCUUCCAAUAACAGGAGAAACAGCGCGGAAUCGAGCGCCAGCGAGACGGGAAGUAUCGAGAAUGUCUCAGGAAGCGGAAUCAUAUCAGCUAUCAAUCCUUUGGGAGUUCCGUCGACGCUCACCGGCUCGGUGGAGACCUUUCCAAAGCCGCAAAAUGCCAGCCUAGCGGAGAAAGAGGAACGCGAGGAGAAUCGGGAUGCCACGAACAACAAUUCCAUGCAUGCGCCAGAAGUGAUGCGAAACAGAGCAUCCUCGACCGGUAGCGUAUUGAAUUCCAGAAGAGAUUCCUUGGUUAAAACCGGCGACGAGCACAACCGUACGAUGCUCUUCCAGGUAGGCCGACAUGAUUUGAGAUUGAUCAGUCCGGAUAGAAAGCAGGUACUGCUUCAUAAACAAUUGAGAGAUGUAGCGAGCUGCGUGCAAGGCGUGAGAAAUUCAGAACACUUUGGUUUUAUUUGUAAAGAAAAUACCAUAGACUGCUUUAUCGGCUAUGUGUUCAAGUGUCAGUCGGAAUCAGUCGCGGACGACCUUGUUGCUGCUAUUUCGCAAGCAUUCGUCGGGACCUGUGACGUUACGAGGAAAGAAAGAUAUCCUGUGAUUUCGUGCGAACACUGCCCUAUGUAUUGGUACAACAAGUUGUGCCAGGAAAUCGAUGGCCAGAACGACAGAAGAACUCAGAGUAUAAUCUUCUCGCGAAUGGAAUUGUUGCCGGAGGACGAACAGGAAAUCGUGGUUAACAAAUACAAAAGCGCCGAGGCCACUGGCGGUACCGGUACGUCUCUGCGCGAGCAAAAUCAGUUUUUAAUGAGGCUGUUGCGCGUUCAUUGCGAGGCGAAACAAGCCAGACAUGUCCACGAUACGGCUGAGAAUAGGAGUGAAUUUUUAAAUCAGUACUUAAGCGUAGGUGUUGGAAGCACAAUAUUUAUGAAAGCAAAACGCUCUCUUACAAACAGCUUCGAUAAUCUGAUGAAAAGAAAGGGUUCGCGGGACGACCUUGGUCUUAUCUCGCAUUUGAGAGAUACGAGUCACCUCAAUGCUGUGAUACAAAAAAGCGGUAGCCAAAGCCCGGAAAUUUCGCGACAGUCAUCUAUCAUUGAUAUCUCACCGGAAGCUAGUAGGCCAAGGUCUCUGAGAGUUUCACCUGAACAACAGUUAACUGUGAAUACCGGACCAAAGAGUUCUAUGAUGGACAUAUUUCUAAAGGUAGGAAAUUCGCCAAAAAUGUCACCGACAGAAACCGAUGGAAACAGUCCGGUCCAGUCGAACAGUUCCUGGAGGCAAGCUAUAUUAAACAGAGUCGUGACUCCCAGUAAAGAUCACGAGAAAGAGAACGAUAAAACCGGAAACAUUGGUAUCAAUAAAACACCUCAGACAACCCCAAAGCGCAGAACGAAACAAGAAUUAAGGGAUCUGUGGAAGAAAGCAAUUAAUCAACAGUUAAUACUUAUAAGAAUGGAGAAGGAGAACGCGAGGCUUAGGGUACGUCAAGAAGAAGCGACUGUUAAGAGAAUCAAAUUAGAAUAUGACGAGCUUAGUAGUUGUGCUCGCGAAUUGGUAGAAGUAUGGGAUCUUCUCGUGAGCAAAGAAUCGAGAGUUUCUACCAAAUGUGAUAAUCAAAUGCUGUUGCACGCUAUUAAACAAGGUGUACCAAAAGGAAAGAGAGGAGAAGUGUGGCAGUUCUUAGCCGAACAGUUUUGCUUGAAACAACCGCCCAUAGAUACACGCGAUUUUCCAAACUAUAAUACGCCAUAUGAUGUGCUUUUGACACAGCUUACGUCACAGCAACAUGCAAUAUUGAUCGAUUUGGGACGAACGUUUCCAAAUCAUCCUUAUUUUAGCUCACCUCUAGGUCCAGGGCAAUUAGCGUUAUUCAAUUUGUUGAAAGCAUAUUCACUUUUGGACCACGAGGUUGGUUAUUGCCAGGGACUUAGUUUCGUUGCUGGCGUUCUGUUACUGCAUAUGUCCGAAGAUCAAGCAUUUUUUCUUCUACGGCACCUAAUGUUUCGAAGAGGCCUAAGGAAAUUGUAUCUUCCCGAUAUGGCAGCAUUGCAGCUAUAUUUAUAUCAAUUAUCUAGAUUACUACACGAUAGGUUACCAGCGAUUUAUAAUCAUUUCGAUAAACAGGAAGUUUCGCCUACACUGUACGCCGCGCCAUGGUUAUUGACAUUGUUCGCCAGUCAAUUUCCACUGGGUUUUGUAACUAGAGUAUUUGAUUUACUCUUUCUGGAAAGUACAGAAGUACUCUUCCGUGUAGCAAUGGCAUUAUUAGAAGAGCAUCAAGAUCAAUUAUUAACGUGUGACAGUUUCGAAGAAAUUAUGGAGUAUCUUAAAACCCGGGUACCAGCCGUGGAUAGAGAGAUUUUGGAUCGAGUGAUGAAACGCGUGUUCUAUCCGGACCAAGAGAUCACGAAACAGUUGAACGAGUACAGGGUCGAGUACCAAGUGUUGCAGGAAGAAAUGAUGUCGGUGAAGCCGCAAAUGGAAAACUUGGAGAAGUUUAAGCUACUUAACAAACAACUUACCCAAGAUGUAGCACAGCUGAACGAACAACUAGAAAUCACCAUGAGUAAUUUGCAUCGUCUGGAGACAGCUCGAUCGGUGCAACAAUCGACUCUAUUAAAACUCGAGUCCCAAAAUCGUAGUUUAGAAGUGACCGUCGCUACGUUGGGUGCGUUUAUUCAACAGUUAUCCGAAACCCGUCCCGACAUCGAGUUUCCCGGAGAGAUUCGUAGAAUUAUUGCACAACUGAGCCUUGCCGAGAAACGAAAGAACAGUAUUGUCCGAUCUUAUCCCUUAAAGUUGAUCGAGGACAACGCUAAACUGGGAAUGGUAAAAAGCAAUUCGACAGGUAGAGAAUCUCACAAUUUCAUGAAAAACAAUAUCACCGUAGAGACACCUUAUCCUCUGAAAUCUACAUUGAGCCAACCGAAUUUGGCUACCAAACUCGAAAGGGUCUCGUCAUUCUUCUCCAAUUCGCACAACCACAUUCAGAAGCAGCGAGCUCAGUUAGCCGCUCUUAGAAACGAGUACGCUGAACAGACUAUUCGAAACGACGAGAAUGAUCCAAAAACUGUCAAUAUAGAUAUACAAAUCACCGAUGAAAUGAACUCGACCAACGAGCAGGUGGCGCAGAAUGAUAAUCAUCUAAAGGUUCAGGCGGUGAACUUGGAGAAAUCCGCGUCGUUGCCGCUGAACGCGAAGAUGAAGCUGAAGUCGUCGAAAUCGGCUUACGAAUUGGGCUCGAUUAAGAAAGUACCAACUACCAAGUUAGAAGUCACAAACGACGAUGAUGUGACUAACUUAAUGGGAACAAUGCAUCCUUUGGAUACUUGUAGCGACGUGAAUUUCAGAUACGGUGGAACGACCAAGUUGAAGUCGAUCAAAUCUACCAGGCUUCCAAGUCCAAGCGGUCAAGAUGAAGCUGUGAGCAAGAAUGCUCAGAAUCAAAACAUGGAAACGUUGAACAGAUAACAAUUACUUAUGAUGUUACGCUCAAGGAAGAUACCUUGGAAGGUAACUAACUUGAGAAAGGUAUAUCCAAAAAGCUAAUUGUUAGCAACUGUAUUAUACGCUCGAUUCUUUACCUCCACCGUUUCAUACUGCAUUAGUUAUCUUGUAUACAACAGUUUUGAUACGAUGAUGAUCGAUUUUCAUUUUUUAACAACCGUGUCUCUUUAACUGACCGUCGACCGAAACGCUGACACUCGCACUUCCCUUUCGCGGUACUUAUACCAAUGAUUUUUAAUACCUUACGAUGAAUGGAAAACAAACCAAGUCAAUUUAUAAUAUAUUAUACAGAUUUGACAAAUUGUCAGAUUAGUUGAAUAUUUUAGUAUAUAGGUACAUGUACAUAAGAAAAGAAGAUAGAAAGGAUUCGUGCGAUGAAUGAAUAAGCUAUUUAAAAAAUAUUCAUCUAAUUCGUAUAAUUUAUAUUAAUCUUGACGUGUAGGAAAAAAAAUAAGAAAUAUCUACUUGAAUAUAACGUAACAGAUAUGCUGAGGAUGAGGGAUUUCUUAAAAAUGACAGUAACACAAAAAUAUUAGAUCUGUUGAAUUCUGGUGAAACAACAGAUUUGUAAAUAUUCCGUAAAGUAUAAUAUAUUAAAUUUCGUCGUUUUGACGAUUAUCAUUGUGUUACUGAUAUAAGUUUCUUAGAAUUCAACAAAUAGAAAAUCAUAUCCAUAAUGUAAAGUAAGUAUCAAAUUGUACAAUAUCGAGCGAAAUAGGCUUCGAAUUCGAUUAAGAAAUAAAUAUUAAACAAAAGACUAAAAUAUUUUUUAUUGUUAGCGUAUAGUUACCCAGUAUUUUUAUUUAUCAAUAAAGAUACUAGUUUUAAUAAACCAAUUGAAAUUUUUGACAACCUUUUAAAGCUGAUUAUAAAAUUUAGCUAACAAUAGGAAAUACAUCUUAUGUUUUUUAGUUCAAAGAAAUUCCUAAUUACUUUUGUGUAAAUCGUCGAGAGAAGUGCCAAACUUUCCCAAAAAAAGAAAAAAAAAGAAUUGUGGAUAGUGAAUAGAGAGUAAGUCUUACAAGUAUUGUCUACAGUUGGAGGUAUAUUUAUAAAAUACAAUUUAUAAGAUCAUUGUGCACUACAUAAGAUUCAAGGAAUCAAGUAUUACUAUUUUUGCACAAAGGAAAGCCUUGUGAUAUCAGGGAUAUAUUUAAUAUCAUUUAGCAUUCUUAUAAUAAUUAAUCGUUACCAUUUUCAAGAGCAUGAUACCGAUAUAAAUUGUAAAAAUACUCAGUAAAUAUCGGUGGCGAAUGUUAUCAUAUAUUUCAUUGAUGAUUAACUGCGGAUCUUCUCAUUCAACGGAACAACAAAUAUUUUCAAUGUCACAGAUAAUACUAUUUCGUAGUGAACAAAGAAUGUUCAACAAAUGUUUAUAUAGUGUAUCAUUAGGAACGAUAAAAUAUUUUGUAGUAUUCAACUUUAUAUCUUCCAAGUAGUGAUUUGUACGAAUAGGUUACUAGAAAUUAUAAAUUGUGAUUGAGUAUAGAAAUGGGAGUAAUGUUAAAAUAUUCAUAGUUUUUAUGCACAUGUUACUGUUAGUAUAUAGAUAUUGUAUUGUUUUAAUGAAUAUCGGUAAGAAUAAGAGAUAGUUGUGAACAUCGUUUGUUCCCCACUUAAUUUUAUUGUGAUAACAGUCAAUUUAUUUAAUUAAAAUAAACGUACUUUGAGUAAGAAUACAAAGUACCCCAUCGAGAUGAAACAAUAUCGUUCAUAUUGUUUUAUAAUACACAUUCAAAAUACUGAAAAUUAUACCAAAAAAAUUAAUUUUAAACGAAGUUUCAAAAGAUCUUCCUACCAAAUAUAAAUAUUUGGGCCAUAUCAUUCGUAAAAAAUAAAAAAUUUCAUUAUAACGAUUUGUAUGAUGUAUAAAUGAAAUAAAUUUGUUAAAAUUAAUAUUUGAAGCUAUCAAACAAUCGAUAUGUUUAAAAACAAUGAAAGAAGGAUAUAAAAGGGAUUAGCCUCUUUUAUAAAUUCACAUACUUAAGUGUUACUUUAUUACCAUGUACUUAGUUUUAACAAAACAAGAAAUAGGUGCAAUGCCUUUAUUUUACGACGA